UCCCUGCAUAUCAAUGUCAUUACAUUGAGUUGAAAAGGGAGUCGGCAGAGCAGGGAAAGUGAGUCGGUAGAGCAGGGAAAGUGAGUCGACCAACGGACACAGUGAGAGAAGGACCUCCAGGCUAAUACUAACGCUAACCCUUGUGUUACUUUGAAGGCUUUGUGAGCACACCUGCAGCAGCUUGACUUCCACUCGUUUAGCCUAUCUAGCGUAGCAUCCAAGGACCAGGGAGCACUGUAUAGUGAUCCCCAUAGCUCACACCUCCUCCGUGGUACCCCCCCCCCCCCUAGCUUGGCAUGAAGAUGUGUUUUAGUCGACAGAAGGCUGGACCAAAUACACUGUAAUACACUACAAAGAGAAAGAGGGGAUAAUCUGGCAGAAUCAUCAUUAAACCGAUAAUCCACACCAAGUACAAAGAAGAGAAAGGGGGACAACGACUAAAGGAAGCGGGAAAAGGAUACAGAACAUCCCUUCAAAAUGGCGCAGAUCCCUCAGGUGUGGCACACCCAGGAAGAGAAAGUGGACCUGGAUAUAAUGGGGGCUGUUGGCAGCCAACCCGAGUGCUCCAUCUGCUUCAACACCUACGACAACGUCUUCAAGACGCCCAAGCUGCUGGACUGUGCCCACACCUUCUGCCUCGAGUGUCUGUCACGCCUCAUGGCCAUUUCACUGGGAGAGCAGGAAGGAGGAGGCAGCAGCAAGAUCCUGUGUCCCUUCUGCCGCCAUCCCACCCUCCUGACCAAGGAGGGUCCCCCGGCCCUGGCCACCAGCAGCGAGGUACUGUGUAAGCUGCCCAGCAACCAGCAGCACGAGGAGCCUGUGUGGCUAGACGGAGAGAAGCUGUGCUACAAACGGGCCUUGGAGGCCAGCCCCGAGACCUCUAGCUCCACCUCGACCUUCUGCAUCUGCAUCAACAUAGGGGCCAGCAAAGCAGCCGAGGUCCCGGCUCAGACACGCCCCCACAACACGGCCUUUAUGAGGCGUCUGACCAGCUGUAGGCGGCUGCUGCUCUUCAUGAUGCUGAUGGUGCUACUAGUGGUCAUCGUGCUGUGGCCCCUGCAGUGCAUCGUCACCACAGGCAACAUGUACUGCAUGCCUCGCCCUGUGGGCUCAAUACAAGGCUCCAUCACCACCACAGCUACCCCAUUCACCAGCAUAAACCAUUCCACAAAGGGAGCCUUUCAUUAAAAUACAUGUAUGUAGUAUGCCAGAUUCCACCGCUGCCACAUUCUCCUUCAGCUCCACUAAAGGGUAUCCAGCCACAGCCCCCCCCCCGGAUAAAGACUGGAUAGAGAACACAACUGUGAGGAACUCUGCACACUCUAUCCAGUUGUUUUAGCAAUUGAUAUUGGCAUCCUCAGCAUCAUUAUUCUGACAAGGAAGUUUGAAAUUCAUACAUGAAUUCCAAUUCUUGCACUUUGAUUAACUGAUUUUCCUUCUUUUUUCUUCUUUAUAACGUUAUUUUGCUGUAGAAAUAUAAUAUGUGGAUGAAAUGUGUUGUAAUAUUCAGACACAGACCGUCUGGGUGAAAUUCAUAUCUACAUUAUCAGAUCUGAUGGCCACAGUGCAAUCCCAACUCAAAAUGUUCUGUUUUUAAGAAAAAUGUGUAAGUUUAGCUGUCUUAUUACUGUUUUGAAAAAAUGGUAUGCCAAAACAUGAAAUUGUAAGUGUAUAUACAUGUAUAGUUGAUUGUACUAUUUUGAUAUAUAUUUUGUUUACAAAAUGACAAUAAAUGAAAAACAAAACAGAAGGAUCGGAGGACCAAUAUGCGGCGUGGUAAGUGUCCAUGGUUUUAAUAGGAAAACUCAAACAUGAACACAACUGCAAAACAAUGAACGUGAAUCAGUCUAACUGGUGCAUAAAACACAAAGACAGGAAACAAUAACCCACAAAAUACCCAAAGAAUAUGGCUGCCUAAAUAUGGUUCCCAAUCAGAGACAACGAUAAACACCUGCCUCUGAUUGAGAACCACUCUAGGCAACCAUAGACUUACCUAGACAACUAAACUGAACACAACCCCAUUAAUCGAAUAAUCCCCAAGACAAGACGAACACAAUAAAUCACCCAUGUCACACCCUGGCCUAAACCAAAAAUAAUAAAGAAAACAAAGAUAACUAAGGCCAGGGCGUGACACUGUAGCUUUGUUUAUGAUAGUCUUUGAACAAAAUGAAGUACAGUAGACAUGGGUUGUUGGCCGUGGUAGGAACUAAUGAUUACUGGACUACCAUUCCCCACUUGCUGUUAGGAUCUUAUCUGGGCACACACCAGUAACCUGUAAGGAUUUUCCAAAUACACAACGAUUAUUACUAACAACAAGGUGUUGUAAACGGCUUCAAUGAAAUUGUGAACCCUUCCUCGUAGAUUAAGGAGUGGUCAUAACAGUAAGGAGUGGUAUUUCCUGUAUUGGUGUGAAAUUACUGGAUAGGUGUGUACAGGAGACCAAAGGUGAGGUCUGGGGGAGAAUCUCAAAUGCAUUUCCUUGAUUCCUUGCGUCCUCUUUGUUUCCUUCUCAAAAUCCAUUGGUUGAAAUAGUGAUUGUAUAGACUCUAUUUUGUAGAGUCUUUGUGAUGCAAGGUCACAAGUGUUGGGUCGUUCCACGAAACGAGUGCCUUUGAUAUUUUAAGUAGAAACUGUGCACCAGUAUGGAUUAUUUUACUAUUAAUAAAGACUUGCUAAAUUGUCAAAAUUCA